AUGCAUGCCCCGACCCCUCACCUUCUACCCCUGGCCACGGCCCUUCUAGCCAUCGGCACCAACCUCGCCCAUGCAAACCCCCUCCAAGUGUUCACCGCAGGAAUGGAUAGCACACUCCCCAUCGGCACGAACCCCAUCGUGAACCCAAAAGUGGAGUACCUAGGUUUCCAGUACGCCGACAACAGCUGCUCCCACCGCGAUCUAGGCUUCACCGGCUCUAUCGCAGGAAAAUGGUACGCCGUCUGGGGUGAUGUGCUCUGGUGCGAUGCUGGUGUCACGGAUCCCGAAAAGGACACGCCCGGGUUCCACGGUAUGGUGCGCGACGCCGUGUCUGUCAUGACGAAGAACCCGCUGAUCGUGCACGAUCUCAACCUGGGAGAGAAUGGGCGCCAGAAGCAGUUCAUCCCCUUCAAUUCGUCGUGGGGAGAAAAAGUUGAUACCGGGUUCGGCGGGACGAGUCUGGUCGAGACUAAUGCUGAGACGCGCACCGGGGCCGUCUUUUACCUAGUUAACCAAAACGCAGAUGGCCUAGUAGGCGCGGGCAUCGCCAAAGUAGACGUCCUGUUCGGAACCCCCACCGUGACCAAACGCUACGGCGACCGCGGCUACUGGUGGGAUGCCAAAACCACGCCCCGGUACGGCGACAUCGCCGCCUUCCGCGACCCGUGCUCCGAGUACAUUUACGCCUGGGGCGGCCCGCCGACCACAAUCACCGACUGGGGCCAGAGCAGCUACGUCUACCUCGCGCGGGUCAACGCCAGCCAGGCGUUCAACGUGAGCAACUAUGAGUACUACUGGGGCCGCCAGCAGGGGUGGAAGUCUGACGUCUUGACGACGUUCAAUUCCCAGACGGCGACUGUGUGGGGCACGGGACAGGGGCAGAUUGUGUGGAAUGAGCACUUUAAGUGUUAUAUCUUUGUUCACCUUGGCAUCGGUGGCGGCACCGUCUUCUUGCGCACUGCUACAAAACUCGAGGGCCCCUGGACGCCGGACAUCAAGAUCUUCCAGGCUCAGGCCAUUGAUGGCGGGCUCGUCUACGCUGGCGUCGCUCAUCCGUAUCUGGACCCCACAGGCAAGACGCUCGUCAUCUCUUUCACGAACAACAACAGGAUCCAGGUGAUCAAAGUAACUGUCACGAGAUAUGGAUGUGGUUAA